AACAAAUUAAUACAUUUUGGAAUAAGGCUGUAACCUAACAAAAGGUGGAAAAAGUUAGGGGGUCUGAAUACUUUCCGAAGGUACUGUACAUUGAGCACGGUUACAUCGUUAUGUUAAUGUAAUAGUUUGUUUACAUGCUUUGCAAUAAUAAUGAUUUCCCUAAUAAUCCUGUUUACAUUGACACAUCUUAAACCAGGCUCCCUGAUGGGACUUUGAUAAAUACAGAAAAAUCACCAAUAAAAACAAAACGUGUUAUUUCUGUGAAGACUAUUUGAUUCUGAGUUCGGACACAAAGUUAGUGAAAACUAUUUAUAAAUAUGCACCCCCCCUGAACUCACUUCACUCACGCAUAAGAGGGAGGCUACCCAGUGCUAGAACAUGUGCAGAUCAAAUACACCACUGGAACCCUGAUUAAGAUGUUCACGUCCUAAUAAUUUAAAAGAUUGUGCAGAAAACCAGGCGUUUAAAUCGGCAUACGCCUACCUUGAUUUUGACCAUACGACAAUUAAGAUGGUGUCCGGUCAGAGUACGGUGUUUAUAAUACCGCAAUACUCUGCCUUCUGACAAUCAGUUUAAAUAUUGAAUUAUUAGUGUAUAUAUAUAUAUAUAUAUAUUCAUUGCGUUCUAACCAGAAUGACAAGUAACAAAAUGGAUUCUCAGUACCUGUCUGUGAAUUAAGUUGACAACCAGAAACAUUUUACGUGGUGUCCUCUCACAAACUCCUUAGUCUGCUGCUACAUUGUUGUGGACAUAUGGUAAGGUUUUACCCCCUUCUUCGCCCCAAUUUCACGAUAUCAAAUUAUUAUCCAAUUUACCCCUUUCUUCGCCCCAAUUCCGAACUUGUCUUAUCGCUGCAACUCCCCAACGGGCUCGGGAGAGGUGAAGCUCGAGUCAUGCGUCCUCCGAAACAUGACCGGCCAAACCGUGCUCCUUAACACCCGCCCGCUUAACCAAUGAGUCGGAGUUCAACUCACAACCGAAGUCAGCCUGCAGGAGCCCGGCCCACCACAAGGAAACACUCCCCUAACGUGGACGGAGCCCGGCCCACCACAAGGAAACACUCCCCUAACGUGGACGGAGCCCGGCCCACCACAAGGAAACACUCCCCUAACGUGGACGGAGCCCGGCCCACCACAAGGAAACACUCCCCUAACGUGGACGGAGCCCGGCCCACCACAAGGAAACACUCCCCUAACGUGGACGGAGCCCGGCCCACCACAAGGAAACACUCCCCUAACGUGGACGGAGCCCGGCCCACCACAAGGAAACACUCCCCUAACGUGGACGGAGCCCGGCCCACCACAAGGAAACACUCCCCUAACGUGGACGGAGCCCGGCCCACCACAAGGAAACACUCCCCUAACGUGGACGGAGCCCGGCCCACCACAAGGAAACACUCCCCUAACGUGGACGGAGCCCGGCCCACCACAAGGAAACACUCCCCUAACGUGGACGGAGCCCGGCCCACCACAAGGAAACACUCCCAUAACGUGGACGGAGCCCGGCCCACCACAAGGAAACACUCCCCUAACGUGGACGGAGCCCGGUAAAGAGGAACAUCUAAUCUAGUUGUAUUGCAUCACAUCGCCUAUCAACAUUAGUUACGGUAUUAAUGGAUAAGGGGAAUGUAAAACCAAGCUAUCGUGAACAUCAGUGUUACUUCAUCCUAAUGUAAGCUAAAUGCAUUGGAUUACACUGGCAUAUUAUAAAGAGGAACAUAUUCAAUGUAAUUAUAUGCAUGCAUAUCAAACAGGAAUAUAUAUUAAAUGAAUACACCAUUGUAAUAUUAUGACUGUCUCUCUCCCUGCAGGGGAUUAGACAGAUGAACUGCAGCCCCCAGAUGCCCCAGCCUCCAUGGGGAGACAUCAACACUUGCAGUUUUUAAUAAUAUUAACCCAUUUAUCGGUUUCCUGUAUCUGUGCAUGAAUCCUUAAAACACAGUCCAUGAGAACGGUCCAUUUUUUAUUUAAGAACGCAGUCCAUUGUAGUUUCCUUAGUCGUUAUGUACAGGAAGGAUACACAUGGUCCAAUGAAAUGCUUACUUGCAGGUUCCUUCUCGACAAUGCAACAAUAACUAAAAGACCAUACGAAACAUAAAGUAAAUGGCUCAGUAGAAUCAACCUUUUAGCAUCCCCAGGUAAGGGACAUAAAGGAGAUGGCUCAGUAGAAUCAACCUUUUAGCAUCCCCAGGUAAGGGACAUAAAGGAGAUGGCUCAGUAGAAUCAACCUUUUAGCAUCCCCAGGUAAGGGACAUAAAGGAGAUGGCUCAGUAGAAUCAACCUUUUAGCAUCCCCAGGUAAGGGACAUAAAGGAGAUGGCUCAGUAGAAUCAACCUUUUAGCAUCCCCAGGUAAGGGACAUAAAGGAGAUGGCUCAGUAGAAUCAACCUUUUAGCAUCCCCAGGUAAGGGACAUAAAGUAAAUGGCUCAGUAGAAUCAACCUUUUAGCAUCCCCAGGUAAGGGACAUAAAGGAGAUGGCUCAGUAGAAUCAACCUUUUAGCAUCCCCAGGUAAGGGACAUAAAGGAGAUGGCUCAGUAGAAUCAACCUUUUAGCAUCCCCAGGUAAGGGACAUAAAGGAGAUGGCUCAGUAGAAUCAACCUUUUAGCAUCCCCAGGUAAGGGACAUAAAGGAGAUGGCUCAGUAGAAUCAACCUUUUAGCAUCCCCAGGUAAGGGACAUAAAGGAGAUGGCUCAGUAGAAUCAACCUUUUAGCAUCCCCAGGUAAGGGACAUAAAGGAGAUGGCUCAGUAGAAUCAACCUUUUAGCAUCCCCAGGUAAGGGACAUAAAGGAGAUGAACAUUGAACAGAUUGUUCGGUAAUUGAGGGCAAAUGAAGUCAUGACUACAAGACCAUGGUGCUUGCCUUACGGAGCUGUGAGGGGAACGGCACCUCAGUACCUCCAGGCUCUGAUCAGGCCCUACACCCAAACAAGGGCACUGCGUUCAUCCACCUCUGGCCUGCUCGCCUCCCUACCACUGAGGAAGUACAGUUCCCGCUCAGCCCAGUCAAAACUGUUCGCUGCUCUGGCCCCCCAAUGGUGGAACAAACUCCCUCACGACGCCAGGACAGUGGAGUCAAUCACCACCUUCCGGAGACACCUGAAACCCCACCUCUUUAAGGAAUACCUAGGAUAGGAUAAGUAAUCCUUCUCACCCCCCCCCUCCCUUUAAGAUUUAGAUGCACUAUUGUAAAGUGACUGUUCCACUGGAUGUCAUAAGGUGAAUGCACCAAUUUGUAAGUCGCUCUGGAUAAGAGCGUCUGCUAAAUGACUUAAAUGUAAAUGUAAAUGACAGCCACAGGUUUUUGUUUUAUCGCUUCACUAACCCCUCAUUCAACUCCACGUGGUCUCAAUUAUAGAUGAUGAAUCGCUGAACAUGGUGUUUGUGCUGGGCAGGAAUAAAAAUGUGCACACAGUGUAGUACCUUGGGGAAGAAACCAUUUGCCUCAUUAAAUAAAAUCAUUUUUAAAAUUCGCUUCUCAUGUUACAAUGAGCUGACAAUUCUGCAUGAUCAAGAAAAAGGUGUGGAUCUACUUCUAACAUAGUGAUGAUGCACACUGCUAAAUAAACUCCUGGGAUAGGGUGUUUUUCCUGGUGGAUGGGAGGUUCCCAAGUUCUAUACAUCUGUCCUGGUGACCAGGAACCAGGAAGAGCUUGCCUGCUAGAUAGACAUCAUCGCAUCUGACGAGCUAACUUACCUCAGCUAACGGCUGAUAAAAAUCAGUGACUAAACAUUUGAAUUCAAAAUGUAUAUGAAAAUAAAUUAACAUCAUUUGGUGAAUAAAUAACUGUAAUAUUUAGUUUGCCAUCAAUUCACUUGUUUGGGGAACUUUCACGGUGUCGCAAGGUGUUAUGGGAAAGCCUCCCCGGCAAAGAGAAUGAAAAAGUAUGCUCCCCAUGCUUGAUUUGUUUUCCAGACCUCCAAAGUACGCUUAUAGACACGUCUCCAGUACAGGACUAACUGACGUCAUGCAUAAAUGUGCGCGACUUUUGGCUGCAGUAAGAAAGCCAUCACCAUCUACGCCCAUUCAACAUAGCCUAUAUUUAUGUUUCAGUUACUUCAAAAUAAAACUUUGGGCUCUCAUACACGCUCUAGAAAGAACACAAGUACACAUUUUGUAACAAAGCCACAGUUUCUUUAUAAAAAUAAUCACAAUAAUGUUUACUUGAUUGCUUGCUUCCUCCCUUGUCUCCUCCUCAAAUGACAUUGGAGUAAAAGAUCUGAGUUUCCUCUCCUCUGAUCUUCUCCUCCAAUUGGUUUCGAGAAGGAUGCAAGGCGAGAGGACAUGAGGAAUCGAGGAAAUACAAUUGGAGUCACCCACAGAAUCAG